UACUCUAUGGGCGAAUAAACUGUAAGAGAAAAAUUUGCUCUUUAACGUCAUUAACAGUAUCUAUCUAUGUAUAUAGUAGAAAAAUUAAAAAAAAAUGGACCUACAAGUAGAAUAGAAAGCAGUAAAAAGACGGAAAGUAGAAAAACCAGCGUGUGCAGCCGCGGCACGCCUCAUCACUCUCAUCCCAUUCCAAUACCGAUGUUCUCCGCCGCACGCUGCCUCGUCCCUAGUCUCUACCCCCACCCGCACGCGGCGCCGGCGCCGGCGUCAGCCAAGGCCAAGCCACGCCGGUCGAGCCGAGGCUCCCGCCGCGAACGCUCGUGGGACGACGACGGCUCAGACUACUCCGACAUCGACGACGGCUUCUUCAGGCAAGAGCAGGAAGAGGAGGAGGCAGCGCCCUCCCCCGCAGCGCCCCAGCUGCGGGGGUCCGACGUGCUGCGCGCGCUGCAGAGGGCCGCCGCGGCCAAGGAGGCCGCCAGGAAGCCGCCGGCGCGCCAGCGGAAGGAGAAGCCGGCGGGUGGUGACGUGGAAGUGGAAGCCCGGGAGGUGAGGCCCGUGGUGAUAAGGCCCGAGUGGGCGGCGAGGAUCCGGGAGCUGGAGCUCAGGGUGCACCAGCUCGCCGCCGACAACUAGUGAGUUGCAAGGAAAUGAAUGAAUGCUUAGGCCAAGCAGCUCUGCUUCGAACAUCGUCUUUGCUCUGAAGAACCAAAUGAUCAGACAGACAAUUCUGCUGUGCAGACUGCGAAUACAGGACCAGAGGGAAUGGUUGUUUUCUUUUUCCUCUCCUACCUCUGUAAUGUCUAACUGCAACUUUCACCGUUUGCAUUCAAUGGACCAAUACCUGACUAUCGGUGAACCAUA